AUGCUAUUAUUGAGAUUUUUUAUAAAUAUAUUAUGUAUUUUAAUUACUAUUACACUCCAAAGAAAAUUAAAUUGUUGCCCUAAAGGUUGGAUUAACAAUGAAGAAUCGUGUUAUUAUGUUAUAAGACACCAAUUAGAUUUUAAUACCGCAGAACAUUAUUGCGCUAGUAAACAUUCUAUACUAGUUGAGGUGGAAUCUAUUGAUGAAUGGAAUUUGAUACGACAACUUCCGCCAACAGAUAGAUAUUUUUGGAUAGGAAUUCGAGACUCAAGUUAUGACAACAACAUUAUUACAAGUGCAAGAGGUUCUAUCUUAACUAUACAACAAUUAACAUACUUACCUUGGUUAGUUAAAAAAAAAAAUAAUAUCCAAAAACGUGACAACGGAUGGAGUUCUUUAAGUAAAUGUGCAGCCUAUUUCAAUGUAAUCAAUGUUAAUGCCGGUUACAUUUAUUUUUACAACUGCAAUCUUAAUUUUUUUGCUAUCUGUGAAAGAAAUGUAACAAAAUUUGGUUUUCAUUCAAUUUAA